AUGUCGUUCUUGUUUGGAAGAGCUCGCACACGCACAGUUGCCGAUCUCCCCAAGCAGGCCCGCGAGCAUGUCUUGAAGCUCGAGGGGCCACAGGGCCCUUCCAAGGCCGAAGAGCUUGCCCGAGUCUUGAGCCAGAUGAAGACUAUCCUUCAGGGAACUCCCGAGGCCGAUACUUCUCCAGAACAGAUCUUGCAGCUUGUGACUGGUCUCAUCGACGAAGAUCUCCUCCACCUCCUCGCCGUCAAUCUGUUCCGUCUUCCAUUCGAGUCACGUAAAGAUACUCAAGUCAUAUUCUCCUACGUCUUCCGCUUCCGCCCCGCCACCGCCGCCCCCAAAAGCGACCCUCUCGCACUAUCAUACGUUGUCUGUAAUCGACCCCAGGUCCUAGUUGAGCUAUGUCGAGGGUAUGAUCACAAGGAGAGCGCCACGCCGGCAGGUUCGGUUCUACGAGAGCUACUCAAGAACGAGGCCGCUGCUGCAAUCAUUCUAUACGAUGACGGGGACGAGCCAGGCUCGAGUUCCAAGGGUCUGAAUGCCAUUGACCGUGACCGACCCCAAAGUGGUAGAGGCGUGUUCUGGAGAUUCUUCGACUGGGUUGAUAAGAGCUCCUUCGAGGUGGCAGCAGAUGCUUUCACCACUUUUCGAGAACUCCUGACACGCCACAAGGACCUUGUACCAAGAUACUUGAACGCAAACUUUGAACUCUUCUUCGACAAGUACAACAACAUCUUGGUGCAAUCCAACAGUUAUGUGACCAAACGUCAGUCCAUAAAGCUUCUCGGUGAGAUCUUGCUUGAUCGCUCCAACUAUAACGUCAUGACUGCCUAUGUUGAUCGCGGGGAGCAUCUCAAGAUAUGCAUGAACCUGCUACGCGAUGAUAGGAAAAUGGUUCAGUACGAGGGCUUCCACGUAUUCAAGGUCUUUGUCGCAAACCCGCACAAGUCAAUUGCCGUCCAGAAGAUUCUCCUCAUGAAUCGCGAUAAGCUUCUCACUUUCCUCUCUCACUUCCUCGAGGAUCGGACAGAUGAUGAGCAGUUCAUCGAUGAGAGAGAAUUUUUAAUCAAGCAAAUCCGCGGCAUGCCCUCAGUUCCCGUUGCUCCUCAGCGGUAA